GAAGCUAGUAGCUCACUCCAGCAACUGGAGUGAUAACGUUGGAGACUUCCCAUAAUGAUACCCAAAAGCGUAUCUCAGAAACACAUCACCCCUCUUCUUACUCAAGCCGUUUGCUGGCACAUCUGCUUUCUCUACUUCCUUCACAUUAUUUCCCCUUUUGCUUUUAGCCAAAUUCUCUCAGGGGAGCUCAGUCUGUGGACAGAAGUCGGACGAAAACCCCAAGGGCUCCUUUCUUGCUGCUGAAGACGUAAGUGUGCCUGGCGGAGGAGAGAAAUGGAGAAAGUUCGGUCCCGAUAGGAUGGGGAGGAAAUUGAGGCAGGCAAGAAGAAAUGAACCGAAGGAAGGAAGGGUGGAAAGAGAGCUUCUGUCCUCAACAGCAGCAUUUCUUCCCAAGAAGAUGGCAAAAGAUGGGAGAACAUGGCAGGCCGUGGACCUCCCAUGGGAGAAGUCUUCCUUGCGGGUGAUGCAGAUAAUCCUGAUCCUUGCCUUUUUGUGCAAAGGUCUGCUGAGCCAAGCAUCAUCAUUUGAGUAUACGGUGACGGUGCCUCCCUCCUCUUAUGUGCAACAAGGCUCCUCCCUUUACAUUCCCUGCCAGUUCACAUAUAACAGGAGAGAUGCUUACUGGUUGGGGGAGACAAUAACUGUCUACUGGUUGAAGUUUGCAGAAGGAACCAGACACUGUUUUGAUUACAGCCCAUCAAGGUGCUUUCCUGGUAUUCUUAUGGCCACAAACCCACAGGCUGUGGAUAAAUUGACUCAAAACCGUUUCUUUGGAGUGGGAGAUCCAAAUCAAGGCAACUGUUCCUUUCUCAUUGUGGAUGCCCAACCCGAAGACGAGGGGAACUACUACUUGAGAAUUCACGGGAGCAGCAGGCUAAAGUACAGUUAUUCGCCUCCAAAACACAUUUCACCUCACAUUAUGAUGACAGAACAACCUCAGAUCGUCAGAAUCAGAAAGAAAGAAGACGAUCAACACGCUGCAAGUUCUCAAGAACAUGCUGGGUCGCAGCAAUGCAUAACUGAGAGGGAGAGGCUGCACCGUGUUUCUUUUGCAGACUUAUUAUCCCCACAGAGUUUGAAGCAUGUAGUGGUUCAGGAAGGGGACUCAUUGAACCUGCUCUGUGAGGCUCACGGCAAGCCUGAACCAACCUUGACCUGGAUGAAGCUGAGCACCACCACCAAGAUCUCCAUGGAUGGGUUGCUUCAUUUUUCCUUGAUCAAACCGGAGGAUGCUGGAGAGUAUCAGUGCGAAGCAGAAAACCGUCUCGGAGCCAUCAAGGAGAACGUCACGGUCAUUGUGGAAUAUGCUCCCAGAACAGUGGCCUUCAGCAUCUCCCGAGCUUCAACAAGAAACCCAGAACUCAUUCAUGAUUACUCUAGAGAAGUGGCCAAUGGCUCUCAAUUGAUGGCUCAAGAAGGAGAGUCCCUACGGAUCCUCUGCAACGCAGAGAGCUACCCUCCAGUCUCAGCAAUUUGGACCAAGCCAGAUGGGAAGAACUGGCCUAAUAGCACUCUAGAAGUGACGGACUUGACUGUCAAGGAUGAGGGCUGGUACGCAUGCCAAGCCGUGAAUGGCCGAGGAUCGGUGCAAGGGAGUUUCCACCUCUAUGUAGCAUAUGCCCCCAGGCUCAGCAGGAACCCCCGAAGAAAUAGCACCUGUUGGCCUCAAGACAACGGGUUUCUCUGCUUUUGCUCCUUGCAAGCCCACCCUCGCCUCAUCAUCCAGUGGGAAGUGGAUGGGGAGGCUGUAACUGGGCGCAGCAGCAAAAAGAAUCACCACAUCACUGCUUUGGUUGAGGGCAACGAGGUGACCAGUUCGAUCAACUGGACCGGCAGCCGGCAGGUGGACCACACAAUCGCCUGCCUUGGGCGUAAUGCAUUUGGAGUCUUCGCCAAGCAAUUCCAUCUUAGUGCCUCCACCAUCACUUCCUCGUCCUCCACAGAAAACCAAAAGGCGGUGGUCGUUUCUGGCUUGUGUGGCGUUUUGCUCACGGCAAGUCUUUUCUUGAUCGGCCUCUUUCUGUUCACGUUUUAUAAGAGGAGGAAAACGCCGUCAAACCCAGGACACUUCGAGGCUGUAGAACCUGUACACGCAGAACCCCGAAAGGCAACCAACAUGAGUCUGAUCUACAGCAACAUUUUACCUCUGGGUCGAAGAACCCCUCACAUCGGUCAGUUCAAAGCCGCGGAAGAGAAGAUUCCGAAAAGGGGCCCGAUUCGCACUGCUCCCACUCCGGCUCCGGAUGAGACAGAGGAUCUCCAUUAUGCAUCUCUGGACUUCGAUCCGAAAAAGAGAGGCAAGCCGGUUCCAGAGGAAGACUCUGUGGAUUAUUCAGAAGUCAAACCGAAAUAAAGGCUUUCUCCUUCAGCUGUCCACAAGGUGGUCUCGGGGGAAUAGCUCCUUUGGUACAGUGAUGACUAUUUCAAAUCUUGAGUGGAUGGAAUGUUUCUUACCAAGGAGUGCACAACGGAGAUGGAUCCAACUGAUGCAUGGGGUAAGAAGGGAUAAAAAGAAAAUCUUCAGGUACUCUGUUGUCCAUCAUUUUCCAAAUCCCAGAAGAUAGCGUGGGAGAAGCCUCAAGAAACAGCAGAUAUUGGAACAGGACGACAUUACAGCAGUUCCUGUC